ACCAAUGUAAUGGAUUUUAGCCAAGUCUUCCUCCCUACAGUCUACAGCAUUGUCUUCAUUGUGGGGUUCAUUGGCAAUGGCCUGGUGUUGUGUGUCCUGGUCAAGUAUUACAAACCAUUCAACAUGUCAGAUCUGUGCCUCUUCAACCUGGCCAUUUCAGACCUCCUCUUCCUUAUCUCAUUGCCUUUCUGGGCCGACUACGCUGCCAACUCUAACUGGGCAUUCCCAGAGUUCAUGUGCCAUGCAGUGACAGCACUCUACAUGCUGGGCUUCUAUGGAAGUAUCUUCUUCAUGAUCCUUAUGACAGUGGACCGCUAUGCCGUCAUCGUCCACACCUCUACCUCCCUCAUCCCCAAGCACUGGUCUGUCAGAGCUAGCAUAGCACUGGCUUUGUUUGUGUGGACACUGAGCUUGGUAGCCUCUCUGCCAGCCAUCAGUUUCUCAAAAGUGAAUACUAUAUCAAAUGUAUCAAAAUGCAUGGUGGAAUAUUCAAAAAGGAAAAUGUGGAAGUAAUUUCAUUACAUUGAGCUGAACAUCUUUGGUUUUAUUAUUCCUCUCUCAGUGAUGCUGUUCUGUUACUCACACAUCAUCCCCAUCUUAAUGACCAUGAAAUCUCAGAAUAAACACAAAGCUGUCAGGCUCAUGGUGGUCUUGGUCACUGUUUACUUCCUCUUCUGGACGCCCUACAACAUCAUACUCAUGCGCCACAAUGAUUUCCAGCACAAAGACAAAAUUAAAAGUGUAACUGUUAUUGCUUGUUAUCCCCAAAGCCUAUUUCAGAAAUAAAAAGACCAUAAUACUUUUACAUCUUUGUAAAAUAAUCUUAAUACCCUGAGAUUAUGUACAUUUUCCUCCAACCAAGUCUAUGUAUAAAUUGUUACAGAAAAUUAAUUAACCCCUUUUGACCAUUUAGAUUAAUUCAGUAGCACUCUGGUAUGAAUCAUGAUGAAGGAUGAUUCCUGGUUUUUUUUU